CCUCCGGCUCCGCUCCCCAGCAGUGGCUCCUGCACGGAGGUGCCGACAGCCUGCGGCGCGGGCGCAGGAGGGGACCGUGCCGUGCCGGGGUCAAGGUCCCCAUCCCCCAGCCGGCCUCUGCCCCGGCUGGACCUCGGUGCCCCAUCCAGGUCCCGUCACCCGGCCAGACCUUGGAGCGCGGACAGUCCCCUCACCCGGCCGGACCUCGGAGCACGGCCGGUCCCGUCACCCGGCCGGACCUCGGAGCGUGGCCGGUCCCGCCACCCGCCAUGGAGCUGCCGAGCGCCUGCAGCCACCCGGGCUGGUGCGUGCUCGCGCUGCUGCUGCUGCUGCUGCUCUGGGCCACGAGGCGCGGCCGUGCCUGGCUGCCCCGCACGUGUCCCACCGACCUGACUGGCAAGACGGUGAUCGUCACUGGAGCCAACAGCGGGAUCGGCAAGCGCGUGGCGCUGGAGCUGGCCCGCAGGAACGCCCGCACCAUCCUGGCGUGCCGCAGCAGGGAGCGGGGCCAGGCGGCGGCGGCCGAGAUCCGGGCGGCCACGGGGAACCCGGCGGUGCUGCUGCGGCUGCUGGACACCGGCUCGCUGGCCUCCGUGCGCGCCUUCGCCCGCCAGGUCCUGCGCGAGGAGAGGCGGCUGGACGUGCUGGUGAACAACGCCGGCGUCACCGGGCUGCCCUUCGCCGUCACGCCGGAGGGGCUGGAGCAGACCUUCGCCACCAACUACCUGGGGCCCUUCCUGCUCACCAACCUGCUGCUGGACCUCCUGAAGGCCUCGGCGCCUGCCCGCGUCGUCAACGUGGCGUCCUUCCGGCACAGCGCCGGCACCGUGGACCUGCGGCACCUCACGGGGCAGCGGCACCCCGGCAGCUUCGACCAGGCCUACAACAGCACCAAGCUCAUGAACGUGCUCUUCACCGCCCAGCUGGCGCGGCGCCUGCAGGGCACAGGGGUGACCGCCAACGCCGUGAACCCCGGCAUAGUGAGGACGGGCAUCAUGCGCCACUUCAGCUGGCCGGUCCGCGCGCUCUUCGCCCUCGCCGGCCCCUUCAUGAAGUCCGCGGAGGAGGGAGCCGCCAGCAGCAUUUACUGCGCCGUCUCGGAGGAGGCCGCGGGCAUCACGGGCAAGUACGUCGACAGCGACUGCAGGCUGGCACUGCCCUGCGCGGCCGCCCGCGACGCCGGCCUCGCCCGCAAGCUCUGGGAGGAGUCGGAGCGGCUCACGGGCCUCGCCGCGGGCCGGGAGCACUGAGCCGGCCGGGGGCUCCGCGCGGGGACCCGGCCCUGCCGGCCGCGACGCACCGCGACGGGGGCCCGGCUGCACCCCAGGACGCCGCCGCCCCAGCCGCUGCCUAGGGAGCCACCGGCACGCGGGGGUCUCGUGGCCCCGGAACCGCAGGGGCCAAGCGGGUACGGGCCAGCCGGUACCGGGGGGGUACGGAGCUGGCCCGGCCCCCGCGGUGCCACCACCCCGGAUCAGGUCCGGCUCCGGCACACCCCAGACAGCCGCCCCCAACCUCAGUGCUGGACGUGGGCUGCAGCCUUUGGGGCUGUCAGGCUGCGUCCGGCCCGGCCACCCCUCGCGCAGGUCCCCCGUCCCCACCCGCACAGGGAGGGCAAACCGCCGGGUGGCCCUGGCCCGCACGGGGGCCCGGCCGGCCGCGUCGUCCUCACGCACUCGGAGCCGCUCGCAGUGCAAACUCCUUUAUUAAACCGUUCUGUGC